CGCGAUUUAGGAUUUAACCAAGUCUUUGCUGCGGGGCUGGCUGCAGUCUUCACCAGAGCCCGACGGCCCGAGAGCCUUUCAACAAUGCCAGUGUAGUUUCCACACCACUUUGGAGUCAAGACUGCUUCUUUUUUGCUAUAUAUAAAUCUAAAACAAAACCCCGCGCGUUCCUUCCCGAAGUAUGACUGGAGUAUUCGACCGGAGGAUCUCGAGUGUGAAACCUGCAGAUUUCCAGAGCUCCUUUCAACUCUCCACCAUGCAUCAUCCGUCUCAGGAAUCUCCUACUUUACCCGAGUCCACCGCCACGGAUUCUGGCUAUUACAGUCCGGCCGCUGGAGUCACUCACGGCUACUGCUCGCCCAGCUCCACCUCGUACGGGAAGCCGCUCAAUGCCUACCAGUACCAGUACCCAGGUGUAAAUGGAUCCGCUGGAAAUUACUCGACAAAAUCCUACACUGAUUACAGCUCGUACACGACCCCCGCCUACCACCAGUAUGCUGGGACUUACAGCAGAGUGCAAGCCCAGCCGAGUCCACAAGAAAAAGAGAUAAGCGAGCCUGAGGUGAGGAUGGUGAACGGCAAGCCGAAGAAAGUGCGGAAACCCCGGACGAUCUACUCUAGCUUCCAGCUGGCCGCACUGCAGAGGCGGUUUCAGAACACACAGUACCUGGCGCUGCCGGAGAGAGCCGAGCUGGCUGCCUCGUUGGGGCUCACGCAAACACAGGUCAAAAUCUGGUUCCAGAACAGGAGAUCAAAAUUGAAGAAGAUCAUGAAAAACGGCGAGCUUCCACCGGAGCACAGCCCCAGCUCCAGCGACCCCAUGGCGUGCAACUCUCCACAGUCCCCGGCCGUUUGGGACACACAGGGCCCCUCCAGGCCGCACAGCCUACAGCCACAAAACAUCAACACGACGGCUUCUAACUUUUUGGAAACCUCGGGGUCAUGGUACACCUCAGCCGGCAGCUCCAUGGCUUCCCACCUGCAGACCCCUAACUCGAUACAGCACUCGUUGGCUCUUGGAGCGGGGACGUUAUAUUGAAAAAACCCUGUUGUUCAUUUCAAAUCCCCUUUUUUUCCUUCUAUGGGACUCGUGUUCAAAUUUCAGAGGAAUAUGCAAUGUAUUUGAUGACAGUCAUAGAAGAAACGUGUAAAAUGUGUAAAUGUGUGCAUGUAAUUUAUUGCAUUUUGGAAGACUAUUAAACGUUUAAAUGGACAAUGGAACUUUGAAACCUCCGGCCUCACUGCAGUCUCUUGUUAUUUUAACCUUCAGUUAUUUACACGGAAAAUCACGACAAAGACUCACACACAUAAAUAAUGUUUGUGAGCCUCAGGUGACAUUUCCCCCACCAGGUUGUAAAUCACAGCUGCUCAGUAUUGAGAUGAACCUAGAAAAUGUCGUAGCUUUCAUUCGCCAUAACGCCCUCAAUCCCUAUUUAUUCUGUGAUUUUGAUUUUUGAUUAAAGACAUUACACAGACAAACUGUCUUGGAGAUGGGGAUGGAAAAUAUCUGUCUUUUUU